AACAAACAUUCCUCACUCACAACCUGCUUUGUCACUUUGUCUCACCACAUUCCUUCAAAUCAUUGCAACUUCAAUUUAAUUUUUGUCUCACCCUCAAAGACCAGACAGCACAGAAAACACCCUCGCUCAAAGAAGACAACAUAUAUAGUUGCAAAGUAGUAUAUAUGCUCUUAACAAUGCAGAUUCUUCAAUGGGUCUCUAAAGGCCAAAUUGAUCAUCAAAUAGGGAGGAGCAGCAACUGGAAAACAAUGAUAAGAGAUAAAAAGGGUAAAGGAAAAAAUAUGAUUACACUUAGAGGAACAAAGGGAAUCGAAGGGAGGAAGCUUCGCAGCAAGAACCUGAAGCUGUUUAUUUUUAUCUGUGGAAAAGACAUUCCAAAGGCUUGUUUUUACAGAACCACCAACAUAAACAGAAUAAGAAACUUGAACAGAAGAAAGAGUUUUAUCCGCUCUGUGAACAUGAAGAGGGAAGAUUUUUCUGUUCAUGUAGGAAACAAGGUUUUACCUAUAUCAGAGGAAUCAUUCUCCAAAACAACUAAAACAUUUGAAAAUUAUUGUUUCAAUGCUGAAGCAAAGUAUCCAACUGAAGGUAAUAGUAGAAAGAAACCCAUUUCAACAAUGAAAGAGCUACUCAGAAGAGUUGCUUCAACAAAAGAAGACAAAAUAGAAGAAUUCUAUGAACAUAAGCAGGUUUUACAGUAUAGAAGAGAAGGAAACAUAGGAGAAUUUGCAGAAGAAGAUCGAGGAAGCAGUGAAUCUCCAAAGAUCAGUUUCACGUGGGAUGUGGAUAUUCCUUCUUUUCUCUCACUAGCUACUUUGUCUCAGAAUGUUCAAACCAACAUUUCACAAUCGGAAAGUUGCAUCCCUCGCAACAACACUUGCCGAAAAGAAAACUGGAUCACCACAGAUUCUGAAUUUGUGGUGCUGGAACUAUGAAGAAAAGUAUGUGAGGAAAGUAUUCUACUACUACAUAGAUGGAGAACUUUUCAGCAAACAAUUACGAGUUUAUUAUGUCUACGGUUUACGUGUAUAUCGAGUGGAUAUUCUAGGAAUUCUUGGUGGCUUACUAAAAAUAGCUAGAUUGAUUGGCAAGAAAAAAAGAAAUGUAAUAUCAGCAUAUUGUGAUUUUCUUCUGAUGUUCAUCGUACUUAUUUUCAUCGUGUGUAUGAAAAGACUAUGUUUUUGUUUUAGGAAAUGAAAUGAGUAUAUG